AUGCCGGAGGACGUGACGCGCGCCAGAGUUGGCCUUCUCGGUGCCGCCAACAUUACCCGCCUCGUGUGGGGCUCCAUCCACCGCGCGGGGCAUCGAGUGACGCUGCUUGGGUGUCGCGACGCGGAACGCGGGGCGGCGUAUGUGCGGGAGGUGUGCGACGCACUCGCCAUCCCCGCGCCGGGGCGCCCGCGCGUCACGACGUACGCUGAGGUGGCUUCCUCCCCUGAGGUGGAGGUUGUCUACCUGCCCGUCCCAGUCGCGAGGAGGGACGAGUGGGUGGCAAAGUGUGUGGAGAACGGGAAGCACGUCGUGGGUGAAAAACCCCCCGCGGCCACGGCUGAGCAGCUGCGCCACUGGGUGGAGGCCCUCGACGCAAAGGAGCUGCUCUACAUGGACGGCACUAUGCUCUCCCAUAGCAAACGCGUACAGGCAGUGGCGGCUGCAGCGAAAACGCUGGGGCCCAUCAAACACAUGUGUUCCAACCACUGUCUCAAUGCGUCCGAAGAGUUCUAUAGUAAAGAUAUUCGCAUGGACCCCGCGCUUGAGCCUCACGGGGCACUUGGUGACCUGGGGUGGUACAGCCUCCGCUACUUUCUGCACAUCAUGCAGCUGCAGCUUCCGGUGGAGGUGACCGGCCGCAUUCUAAAGACGGGCGGAGAAAAGGGCGCCAUCGUGCAAUUCUCCGGGGAACUCACCUUUGACGUGGACGGCAACAAGACCGUCGCCUCCAUGUUUGCCGCGUUUGACUCGAUGGACGAGGCAACUCUCACUGUGGCGGGAACUGAGGGCGUGCUGCGGAUGACGGACAUGUGUCACCCGGUCAGCGGCAAACCCGCGGGGUGGACCGUCACGAAGCCGCGGACUGUGGCGCACCCGUGCAGGAGGGACACCGCGCCGGAGGUGCAGGCAUACAGCACCGACGAGCACACGGAAUCGCAACGUGACAGGAUGUGGGUGGACGUGGGACGCAUCCUUUACCGCGACCAAACCGGGAAACUGCUGGCGAGGGAGGAGCCGCGGCGGUAUUGGGCCACGCUCGCCUGGAAAACGCAGGCGGUGAUGGAUCGCAUGCUUGAGUGCUCCCGUCGCCACCACCCCUGA